CAUCGUUCUUCUAUAUAAUAGUUCCUCAACUCUAUAUUGCUAUCAUAACAUUCUCCAUCAUAUUUCUUAUCAAGAAUCAUAUUGGUCAUCAUGAUGACGAUUAGACACCUAGCCUUUGCAAUGUUGGUGCUUGCUUCAACCAUCCUAGUUUUAGAAAAGGUUCCAGGCAUCUCAGCUCAGCUUGUAUGCAAAGGCAACUUAACUGCCAUAAUGACUCAAUGUACAAGUUUUGUUAAAAAAGAAGGGCCGAAAAUUCCACCAUCUAGCGCCUGUUGUGAGACCUUAAAAGAUGUUGAUAUCCCUUGCCUCUGCCAACAUAUUCCAGGGCCGAUUAUGAGUCAUAUUAGCAUGGAAAAAGCUCUUUAUGUUGGCAAGACUUGCGGAGCUGAAGUUCCUUCUGGAACCAAGUGUGGAAGUUAUAUCGUCCCUCCAUCACCUCCACAUUCACCUCCAGUGGUAUAAACUACAACAUUCAAGGCGCAUGAAACUUCUAUGACCUUGAUAUCCACCUAUAUUAAUAACUAUGUCAUACAUAUGUAUACAUGGCAUGCGUCUUUAUUUAUUUGUUUCUCUUCCUUUGGUUUAUUAUGUCAAGAUUGAGUUUUAAAUAAAUUCAACGCUAAUUAAAGACUAGUUUGAUUUC